CUUGAACGAAGGAGCAAGCAGAGGUUGACGACGCAAGGAUCACGAGGAGCCUGAGAUUGCAGCAUCUGCGCUUCUUAUAGUGAAAUUUCAAUGAAAGAAUCUCUUCGAUUUGCUGAGGACCUAACUCUUCCUAAGGUGCAGGUGAUUGUGAUGAGAGCCAAUAUGAACUGCAAACAUUGCCGAAGGAGGGUUUCUACUAUUAUAUCUAAGAUGAACGCAGGAUUACUGGACUACAUGGUGGAUAUGAAGAAGAAAGAGGUGACACUCAGAGCAGUUGUCGAUACAAAACAUAUUAAUAAGAAGAGGCGGAAGACAAAGCAAGAUACAUUUGAUCACACUGACAACAAGAAAAAUCCAUGCUUUUCAGGAUUCUUUAAAACUAUGUGUUUAGGAGCAUUCUAAUGCAAUUUAAUAUGUAAACAUGCAUACAUGUAACUUUACAUUGGUUUCAAUUAAUAUACAUUAGCCUUAGGCAAAUGUACAA